AUGGCUAGUCAUCAGUUCUCGUCAGAGCAUCCAGCCUACAACUACCACAACAUGGCAUACCCAAGCGGCUACAUCCAGCCUCAGUGGUCCACAGGAUACAACGCCAACAUCCACAUGCCGACACCAUCCUACGACCCAUCGACCCCCAGCUUCCAGCCGAACGGCAUGGACAUGCAGCGCUAUCACGAGCCGCGGACUGCUUCGAUGCCUGACAUGCAGAAGAUGCGGAAGUAUCUCGUGGACAUGAACGUGUCACACAUGAGUGAUAACGUACGCUUGGAGAAGAUGGCUCGCGGCACUGCCAAAGAAGUCGCAGAGCUUCGCAGCAUGCUUCAGCGUGAUCUGCGGAUUCUGGAGGGUCGGAUCAAGAGUCUGCAAGAGGACGAUGCCGAGACAGAUGACACCGUAAUCAAUCGCGGAACCAGUGCUGUUCCAGCAAUGAAUAGGAUGCUCAAAGCCGACGACGAGGAGCUUCUGAGCAUGGAUUUGUCACCACGGAAGGAGAUGACUGACAACUUUGCCACCGAGCAAAUCGCUGAAGAGUAUCUCACUCGGGCCGAUAUCAUGGCAACCGUCGCUUUCAAGCUGAGAAGAGAAGCCGAUAAGCUGAAGGGCAUCAUUAUUGGCGCGGAAGAUGCGCCUGCUGACAAGCUACUUGAAGCUCCGCCAACCCCAGGAUCCAAGGUGAUUGGGUUUGCAUGCUGCGAGACAGCCUAUGGCGAUAUCAACGAGCUGCUCGCGCACGUGAAGGAGGCACAUCCAGAUGCUGUCAAGCCACGACUUGGCUCCGACACUGGCUCUCACAGCACUCCAACACAUGCACCUGCGCCACGCCCACACAGCUCAAAGUCGAGGGCGCUUGAGGUUAAGGCGCCUGCUGCCGACAAAGCCACGUCUGGGGCCAAAGAGACACUGGCCCGACUUUACGAGAAGUGCAAAGCGCCUGAAGCCAGGGAGGAAGCUGCAGCAGCGGCCAAGGCUCAGCCUCUGCCUCAGCCUCAGGCCACAGAUCGGACUGAGGUCGCGGCAGAAGCCCCAAUUGCAGCCCUACCUCAAGCCUCGGAUCAUUCUCAGAUCCAAGUUCAGUCUCAGGUCCCGAUUCAGUCGCAGCACGGCACAAAGUGGGUCCCGUUCGCCGUCACACAGAUGAAAGAGCGAACUGCUACGAUCCCAAGCAACACUGUGACGUUCUCGAAGGAGUUCCUCCGCCAGGAGUUUGGAGGCGAGGAAUGGUCCUCUGGCUUUUACUUCAACAGCAAGGCCGGUAACAACGAAGAGGGCUCGGCGUACUGGAUAUUGGACUCGGAGCACGAGCCAUACCUUCCCGAAGCACCUGGCAAGAAUGGUGCCAAGCUUACUCCCUUCUUCAACGACACCAUCACCCUUCCCGGCGAGGCUCCGUACGAGUGGCACUACGAGAAAUGCCCUGUCUUCAUCAAGGAGAAGGAUUCUGCCGAGUAUAAGUACUAUGGCUCGUACAGUCAGACCCGCUUUUCGGACAAAGUGGACUACGAUCACCUCAUGACCGAGAUUCCAGAGCAUGUUCGUCAUUACUGGGCCGAUCAGCUCAGCAACCCUGGUCGUCCCCGAUGGGUAACUGAGAAGUUGAUGGACCAGUUCUGGCAGCGCCCCAAAUACGAGGGACCUACACCAACUGACUCGGCUCUCCAGACGCCAGCCACCUUCGCCACUGGCGAGGACAGCGCUGGUGGCAUCGAGAGACGCGUCACGAAGGCACUCGCCGCGUACGCCGAGCGGCUCAAGGACUGGGGGAAGGACGCUCUUGUGAAGGUGACGUUCCUGACGAAGGAUGCCAUCUUCGAAUCUUUUACCAAGUCUGACUUGGAAAUUGAGCCGGGCAUGCGACUCUGGUGGGAGUACCUCGAGUUCAAGAAGUUCGACAGCAAACUCCUCGACACUCUGGUCAAGCUGAGCAAGAACCCCAGUGUCGCGAAGGCUUCUGGCAAGACAGGCUCGAAGCGCCCAGUCACGCCCCCAAUCCGCGACUCUACAGACACCGAGAUGAAAGCUGGAGCUCUGGACGAGAAGGAAGAGCGCAAGCUCAAGCAGUUCAUGCCGCCCCGUCCUGCCACUCCUCCAGUCCGCGGCACCCACGAGACUUCCAUGAAAGCCGGCACGAUCGACAAGAACGCCGUCCAGGUCGUCAAGCCCUCCCCACCAAAAGACGGCUCCGACGUAGCAGCAGCAGUCGCCAAGCUCCAAAAGGAAGCCACCCAGAAACAAGCCGCGAUCGACUCCAAGGCUCGCAAAGCCGCUCUCGACCAGAAGCAACGCGAUGCUGCCCGCGCUCCAACACAGGCCGGCUACCCAUCCUUCAACGAGAGUCCCAAGACCUCUUCCCGCGCCUCUGCCAUUCCUAAGGAGGGUCUCAAUGGUCUGGGUACAUAUCUGCUAGACGAGGACGAGAAGAAGCCCACCCCUACCUGGGGCGGAGGCGGUGAUCUGGAUAUUGCGAAGCGGUUGAAUGAUGAGAUGAGGAAGGCGGCUCCGGUGCCGGGGAAGGGAAAUGCUCCGAAGCAUGUGAGGGAGAAGGCGGUCGCGCCACAUUUGAGGAAGAAGUAG